UAUGAUUGAUGUGUACAAGACGCCGACACAAAGGCACCCCCAAACAGCCGAGGGAGAUUGCUUUCACACCUCCCACAUCGACGGUCUCACCGUCGUCCGCCACGUAACUCUUUCCCCUUCAUCGUCGUUGUAAACAGCGAGUACAACUACUUAUCCCUGCCCAAUAACACAUUGCCCUCAACAUGGCACUCACCUCUGUCAUCUCGAGACAUCCACGCUACUCACUCCUCCUUGUCGUUGUACUCAUAGCCGCGUCCUUCCUCUUGUUUCCCUCAGCCCCCGUGUCUUUCAACAGCAUUUCAGACGUGGACUAUUUCAGGAACAGAAAUAAUGGACGACCGCUCAAGGCUGUUCUGCGCGAUGAGGAGCAGAGGUACCAGAAGGUCCUUGCUGACCGCGAAGCCAUGGUACGCAAGUGGGGUCCUACCGCGGAUAAAGUUACAGCAUUUCCUCCAGAGCAUGACUUCUAUACUAUGUGGGACUUCUUCAUUCCGGCGUUUCAGUGCCCACAUCACACCGAGCGCAUCGGCACGAUGGGUGACGGUGGUAAAUGGGUUUGUGGCAUCGAACGUAUGGCGCAACAACCUUCUUGCGUAGUCUACUCCUUCGGCAUCAAUGGCGAGUCGUCUUUCGAAGCCGAUAUUCUCACUCGUGCCCCUGGCUGUCAAGUCUACGGCUAUGACUUCAGUGUCCUGUCCUUCGGCCCUGAAAUCGCUUCCUCCGUUUCGUUAGCGCCUCGUUCGCACUUCUGGUCCUAUGGUUUGGGUCCGAAAGAUGCUCAUUCUAACGGGGAGAACCCGCCUAUGUGGAGUCUGGAGAGUCUGAUGAGGGUGAACGGACAUCGGUUCAUUGACAUCCUCAAAAUCGACAUCGAAGGUGCCGAAUUCGAGAGUUUGGGAGCCUUUGUGGAUAGCCUGAUUGCAAAGAAAGGCGGUCGAGAGGAGGACGUUGUCUUGCCUAUUGGCCAGCUGCAGAUCGAGAUACACGCCAGGACGGGUGGUUAUGAUACGUUCGCGCCUUUCAAGCAGUGGUGGGAGAAGUUGGAGAGAGUCGGCCUGAGGCCGUUCUGGACAGAGCCCAACUUGGUAUAUGUGAACCUCAUCCGAGGGGCACGACCCGAUCUUGUCGAGAAUUUCAGUACUCCUUCAUGAACAUCCGUGGAGACCACGCACUGGUCUCGGAGCGAGUCUAAUCGAUACCCGCUAAUAUAUGUAUCAAAGGACCAAUAUCCGUUGCUCAAACUUGUAGUCCCGGGUUGGAUUGCAGAAAACGCCAGUCCCAACACAAUGGGAUAUAUUGUAUUUUAUUGGGGUUUUAACUACUGCCCCUCGCACCUGCACUCGCUUAGCAACAUACAACUGAACUCUAUAGCUCUUAUUUAGUCGCCUUCUAGGUUUCGUAUCGUACUUUUCACAAUUGGAUCUAUUUCUUUGUCUCUC